CUCCGAGUUGUUGAUUAAAGAUGGCGGCCAAAACAAAUGCAGUGGGGUUGAGAAAAAUAACAAAACCCGUUAUUAGCACAGAUGUUAUGGGAAACAGAAAUGUAGAGGUUCGUGCAGUUGGAGCAUGGGUUCAACCAGCUUGUUCAAUUCCAUCUGAAGGCGUGGUGGCUGCUGAACAAGAACAAGCAAGAAUAAGACAAGCGCAAGCUGAGAAAGAGGCCAAGCUGAAAAAGUUUCGAGAGGAUGUCAAAAAUAGAGUUCGGUUAAUGGAAAAAGCACGCAAGCAGAAGGAGUUGGAAAAGUCCUAUAAUGCUUUUGAACACGAGCAAAGUGUUAUGCAACAAAGUGCCUUCAAUGAAAAUGUUGUACCAAGAAAGGAUAGCUGUUUAAUCAGGAAACAUGGGUCUCAUGAGAUUAAGCACACACGUCCCCCUAGUUCAUAUGACGGCAAUCUAAGGAACAGUGACAGUAUCCAGGAGCAGGCCUUCAUAGACCACACUGAGGAGGUACACAAAGUUACGCGACAAGCCAGGAACAAGUUGGUAUCCAAACAGAUUCUUACAGACGACCUGAUCUCAGACGGACUGCCAGGGGGUGUGUGGAAAGUCUCUGUGUCCAGAGAUCUUCCGGUGAGAUCCUCAGCUGAAAAAAAAGUCCAGGAUGAGGAUGAAGACUUUGAAGAUGAAAGCCAAGACAAAGAAAAUGAGAGUCUGGAUCCUGUGGACAAAGUGGUUCAGUUCAACCUACAACCCACAUAUCACGAAAUAAAACCAGGAAAACCUCGAUGUAAAAGUGCCCAUGCCUCUCUAGGAAGUCAGGGUCACAGAAAGAAACCUGUCCCUGACAUUUAUGCAGGAGUUCAUAAGGAGGAACAGAAGAAGCAGCAGAAAAUACAACAGGCAACAUACCGACGACUGUUCAUGGACAUAGAGCGGGAACAAGUGAAAGAAAAUAUUCGACGCAAAGAGCACAGCAAACGCAUACAGAAAUUAAAGAUUGAAAAAGAAGAACAGAGAAGAAAUGAGGAGGAAAUGUCCCUGAGGUCUGUGGAGCCUCGAGACCCACUCACUGGAGAAACCUCGUUUGAGGCGCUUCAAAGGGAGAUUGAAGAACAUCGGCAUGUAGUACAGGUCCUCAGGGAAAAUGAAGAGCGAAUCAGAAAAGUCAAAGAAAUGGAAAGGUUUGUUGAGGCUCUAAAGCAACAGUUGAAGGAGAAGAUGGAUAAGCGUGGAGUAGAGUUGCCUCCCCUUUGCUGCUGCGGAAUGACUCUCUGGGACACAAAUCCUGACACCUGUGCUAAUAACUGUGUCUUCUACAGAAAUCCUAAAGAAGCCAUCCACACCAUGCACAUCAACGGGAAAGCGGCUGCUUUAUUCACGAUUUUCUUUGUUGUGGUUAAUCCAUUGAAAGAAGAUAUAUUUGAAUCCGAACAUCGGCUACAAAAUGCCCUGAUGACAAACUACUCGUCGACAGUGAGGCCCGCGACUGAACUCGAUAAACCGGUCCACGUACAGCUGAUGCUUGACUUGAUGAGAAUAGACGAACUGGUGGACUUGGAAAGACCCGCGUUUGGCGUGGAAUACAUCUCAUUACGGGGGUGUAAAAUCCAUUCGCUUAAAGGAGAGCAAGCCCCUGGACUAUCUUUGACCUCGGAAGCUUUGCCUUUCAUUUCUUACGACGGAACAGUGGUUUACGUUCCGUACAAAACCGUCCCCACUUACUGCGCUAUGGACCUUACACUGUUCCCAUAUGACACCCAGAAGUGUAUCAUCAAAUUUACUCCAUGGACCCACAAUGCUCUGGAAAUAGACCUAGGACUCUUCGGCCACUAUCUGAAUACGACGGAUCAGAUGAAAAUACCAAGAGAGAGUCUGUCCGAUUUACAGUGGGAAUUGUUGGAAGGAACGGCAACUCUUUCCUCAAAGAAGUUUGAUUGUUGUCCGGAAAAAUAUUCUUUUUUUGAAGUCAGCCUGCAGAUGAGCAGGAACACUAACUUCUACCGUUAUGUUGUGACGUGGCCGUCGGUGGUUGCAUGCUUUCUUGUUCCAUUUCUUUUCGCCAUACCUUCACAUUCAUCUCAGAAAAUAACAUAUGGUCUUGCGCUCAUGAUUUUUGAAUCAAUAAUCAUUUUGACUUUUGCCGAAACAAACUCGUUCGACCACAAAACAGUUCCAAAUAUAGCCAUCUUCCAUCUGAUUACUCUUAUAUUGACGUCCACGAGUCUGCUGUUGUCCAUAUUUAUCGUCUCGAUAAGUUGUGGUGACAGGAGAAACCACGUGCCAGCAUGGUUACAACGACUUGCAUUGACCGAUUCAUGCCUGAGAACGGUUCUCUGUCUGGGCCAGUACAGGGAUUCCAAAGGAUACUCAAGCGGAAGGGGAGGAGGUUUCCUGCUGGAGGAAACACACGAGACUCACCACCACGAGCCAGAACUACGCACCAUCUCCGAAAAUGAGGUCACGAGAGACGUGUCUGAGUCCCUCAGGGCUAUAGCAGAGAAGAUGUCGUCAGAUGAAUCUAGGAUCAAGGUCACGCAAGACUGGAGAGAAGUUGGCAGGCUACUUGACCGUAUUCUGUUUUUUCUUUGCAUUUUAACAGUUUUGGUAUUGCUUAUCUGGUCAGCACGCCUGUGGUCUGGUUGAUUCAACAGCACAUUGGUACACACUAAGGGAAAAUAAAUCCUUUCAUAGUUUUAUAAUCUUAAUAUGAUAUGAUUUUCGUAUGUUCCAUUGCUUAUUGUAGAUACAUAGAAUGUUUUUUGAAACAUUGAAAUCGAUUCCAAAAUAUGUGCAAUGUAUAUUUUAUAACUAUAUAAUUGCUCAUAUACAUGUAAUAUCUUCAAAAUUACUGAUUUUAACUUUAAAAUAAAUAUCAGUAGUGACCAAUAGGAGUCUCUAUGGUAUGCAUGGUAGUACAUGUUCGUCUUUGCUGUAUUCCUAACUCCGAUUAAACAUAAUAUUGUCAA